UUUUUGUUCCAUGGAUUCAGCCGAGGAGUUAACGUCAAGCUAACGCUAGCCUCGAUCGUCUCCAUCGCGGUGUUAAGAGAGUCGUGCAGUGACAACACAACACAUCCGACCCCUCACAGAUGGCCUAAAGCCACGAUGAAAGUGACCCACCCAUCAUGUUGACGGUGGCUCACAAGCUCACACUGCUGGUAAGUCGCGCCACUGCGGGCAAAGUGGAAUAACAAGUCAUCAGCGCACGUCUCCGCGGACCGGACCUGUCUGGUGCUACCGUGUUACCCGCUGCAUAAUUACACCGUCAUGUCAUUACCCAAGGACUCGGGGGACAGGGGUAAGGACAAGGAGCGGGGGGCGCGUCCCAAGGUGAGGCAGAGCCGGUCGGAGGAGCGCCGGGACUCUAGGGGGGGGGGGGGCCGCAAGGGAGGGAAGUUCAAGAAGAAGGGUCUCUCCUCCAACGGGCUGGCGGCCGAGCGGCCCGUCAGCGACGGCUUCGAGUACGGCGAGCUGCUGGCGGGCGGCGCCGAGACCAACGACCGGCGGUCGUCGUCCCCGCUGAAGGUGGGCCGGAGGUGGCAGGGCGCAGACGCCGCUGCCACCGGGUCGCCGCUCGGACCGGAGCGGGGGGCGGCGGGCGCCGUCGCCGCUGAGUCGCCCCCCGCCGGUGAGGGCGAGGGACGGGGGGGCAGCGGCAGCCGCACCCUGCGGCAGAAGAUCCAGGACGCCAUGGGGCAGUGCUUCCCCAUCAAGACGCUGGCGGCGCCCGCGGCUGCGUCGUUGCUACUGGCAACGCCGCAGGCUCUCGCGGCGCCGGCGCCGUGCCCGGCGGCGGGUGCAGAGGCGGCGGGCGGCAGCGUCUCGUCGAGGCGCAAGAUCCACCUGAGCGAGCUGAUGCUGGACGACUGCCCCUUCCCCGCCGACUCGGAGCUGGCCCAGAAGUGGUACCUCAUCAAGCAGCACACGGUGCCCAUCACGCAGCCCCCGCCGCUGGACGCCGCCACGCCCACGGCCGCCCCGGUGGUGGAGGACGUGGACGACCGGCUGCGGGAGCGCCGGCGAAUCAGCAUCGAGCAGGGGGUGGAGCCGCCGCCCAACGCCGAGAUCCACACCUUCGAGGUGACGGCGCAGAUCAACCCCCUGUACAAGCUGGGGCCCAAGCUGGCGCACGGCAUGAACGAGCUGGCGGCGGACGAGAGAGCCACGGUGCAGCUCCAGCAGCAGCUGCUCAUCCAGAGGCAGCAGCAGCACCAGCUCCUGCUGCAGAGCUGCCUGGACACCCUGGACGAGGUGGUGGCCUCCGCCGCCGCCUCCAGCUCGGCCUCGGCCUCCGUCACCGCCCCCGUUGCCGUGGCCUGCGACCCCGUCCUGGAGUCUCUGGCGGACCCCGAGGUGUCGCCCGGCGAGACGCCGCCCACGGCCUCGCCGCCCGGAGCGGAGCAGCCGCAGCCCACGCCGCCGGACGGCUAUCGCAUCCACACGCAGAUCGACUACAUCCACUGCCUGGUGCCGGACCUCCAGCAGAUCACCACGCUGGGCUGCUACUGGGGCGUGAUGGACCGCUACCAGGCGGAGACCCUCCUGGAGGGCCGGCCCGAGGGGACCUUCCUGCUGCGGGACUCGGCCCAGGAGGACUACCUGUUUUCGGUGAGCUUUCGGCGGUACGGCCGCUCGCUGCACGCGCGCAUCGAGCAGUGGAACCACAACUUCAGCUUCGACGUGCACGACCCCAACGUGUUCCACGCGCCCACCGUCACGGGCCUGCUCGAGCACUACAAGGACCCCAACUCCUGCAUGUUCUUCGAGCCGCUGCUGUCCAUCCCCGUCCACCGCACGCAGCCCUUCGGCCUGCAGCGCCUGUGCCGCUCGGUGGUGAGCGGCAGCACCACCUACGACGGCAUCAACCAGCUGCCCAUCCCCACCGCGCUCAAGAAGCACCUGAAGGAGUACCACUACAAGCAGAGGGUGAGGGUGAGGCGGAUGGACACCUGGUGGGAGUAAGGCCGGCGCCCCCCCCCUCCUUCCGGACCAAUCGGCUCUCUUGUUUCGAGUCGCGUGUUUUAAGGCGUGUUUGACGAAGGGAGACACUAGACUCUGUGAUGCAGGUCCCCGCACGCCCGGCCAAGUAGUGACUUAUUCCUCCGUUCCUGUCCUUCUUUUCUUUUGUUUGUCGCUGUAUUAAUCGACGUUAUACUUAUUUAUUUCCUCUGGCGUGUCCUUUUCUUGUAUCGCGCUAUGUGAACAAUACAGAAUAAUACUAAAGAUUGUCAUGCACAUUUAACAUUUGACACAUUAAACAAAGAUCUUUCCAACGAAGGUCCUGUUUGAAGAGGCUUUUCUUUAUUCCUAUCUGUUGGCUGCUGGCUGUGACGAAUCAGUGUAAUAGCCUGCCGACAGGGGACGGCGGGGCUGAUUGUAAUGGAGUUGUUUACCAGGUGCUGAGCAGGAUGGCACGCUGGCUCUGUCGGGUUGCUGAGCUUUACAUUAUGGGGCUGGGGGAAUUUACAUUAGCUUGAAUAGAGGUGUGUGUGUGUGUGUGUGUGUGUGUGUGUGUGUGUGUGUGUGUGUGUGUGUGUGUGUGUGUGUGUGUGUGUGUGUGUGUGUGUGUGUGUGUGUGUGUGUGUGUGUUGUAGCCUAUUCAAAAGAAAAGAAAAAUCACUACAUAUUUUUUGUAACAAAAACAAGCAGAUUCAGUUAGUGUUUAAUGUUUGCCAGCAGAACCUUUGGUCGUGUUAUCUUCAUUGUUCCUCUGGUAGGAACCGAAGGCACCAGGGUCGAUACGCUCACAAUGUGCUCUUCAGAAGCUCAUAUUUCAAGGUGUAGCUGGAACCAAACACACACAAAUGCAUGGUGCUCAUUCAUCCUCUGAUUUAAUCAGAUUAUACGAAAGCAAAGGGUGAAUUGGCAGCACGAAACGUGCUGCCAAUUUUCCCUUGAAAGCAACACAAUUUUCCCUUGAAAGCAACACAUUGCCAUUAAUACCGUAAAUAGAUAAACAUUUCCUGAAACGUAAAUAGAAGUAGUGUGAAAGUGGUUAUUUGAAUGUUUUUGAGGUAAUGUAUGCAAUUGACAAGGAUGAGGAUGUUUUUCGAGACGGGGCCAGUGGUUCUGAUACCUAAACCAUGCAGAACUCAAAGUAGUUAUCUACUUGGCAGAGUUCCCUACUGUGAAUGCCCUCAGUUAAAUCAGAAUAAUUAGCAUGGUAAAUUAGCACUGAUGAAUCACUCAUAAUUACCUGAAAGAUGAUAGCUGUGGGAUUCUGGAUUUCUCCUGGGCGCUGACAUCAAGUCAAUCAAGAAGCCGAUCUCAACUAAUGAGAACAAAUGCUGCCACAUCUUGGGUAGUCUCGCAAAGCCAGACCAAACUACAGCAAGUAGAACAUCUUGGGUAACAUGUCCGUAGUUUUUGUCCUUCUCACUGAAUACCCUUCUGCUGCUGUGACCCAAUCCUGCCAAACCAACAUUUCCUCUCGGCUUUGUUAUUGAGUUAACACACUUGCUUGUUUGAUUUAUGUUGUUAUGAAGUCCUAUUUACAAUAUCAUGGUACAAAUGAUAGCGAUCAGAGAAUCAUUCUGCUAUGAUCUUUCGAAAACCAAACAAACUUAAAAAACUUGACCCCGUAUCAGUAUAAGAAAGCAUUGCAAGUAAAAAGCAUUAAUUCACAUGCUGUCAACUUUCCAACCUAAAACAAUAUGUAAAAUGAACAAAUUAACUGAAUGUCAUGCUGGAAGGACAUUAUUUAACUGGGUAUCUGAAACUAAUUGCACAAUUUACCAUUGAAUUCCAGGUGUGUGUGUGUGUGUG